AUGGAGACGCCUCAAAAAGAGACCGACUCCGACUACUCGAGUGUGGAAGAUGCAGACAGUGUCACACACCAGACUACCGAUAUCGAAAAGCAACCAACAAAUGCUGAAACGACAGCCCCUACCACAGAGAAAUACCCCGAGACAGAUUUGAGCCACGGGAUAGUAGGAUGGGACGGACAAGAUGAUCCCAACAACCCGCAGAACUUUUCCGAUGGCAAGAAAUGGGCCUUGCUCGCACUUAUCAGUGCAAUGACGCUGGUCUCGCCCCUCGCCUCAAGUAUGUUCUCUCCGGCCAUCACAUUCAUGGCAGCAGAGUUCAAAGAGACCAAUGAGACAAUCCUUUCGUUCAGUGUCAGCAUCUACCUUCUCGGGUAUACUUUCGGCCCUCUCCUCUUGGCCCCUCUCAGUGAAGUCUACGGCCGCCGCAUCGUCCUCAGUGGUGCUAACUGGUUCUUCGUCGUCUGGCAAAUUGGCUGCGCCCUGGCCCAAAAUAUCGAAACUCUCAUCGUGUGCCGCCUCUUCGCUGGAAUGGGCGGUUCAGGCUGCCUCACCCUCGGAGCUGGAGUGAUUGCAGAUAUGUUCCCCCGUGAGAAGCGUGGAAUGGCAACCUCCAUCUGGGCUAUGGGACCCCUGAUCGGCCCCGUUGUUGGUCCAAUUGCAGGUGGAUUCCUUGGUCAGGAGGCUGGCUGGCGAUGGAUUUUCUGGCUGUUGCUCAUUGCUGGAGGUGUCCUAUCCUUCGGUGUGGAGGUCUUGAAUAAGGAGACUUAUGCGUCUGUACUUAUCAGAUGGAAAAAGGACAAACUUGCAAAAGAACUUGGACGUACGGAUCUGCGCAGCGCCUAUGAUCUCGAUGAGGAGCCUGCCCCGGUGAUGGAGGUCCUGGCACGGAGCUUCAAGAGACCUAUUCUGCUGUUUUGCAAGUCGCCCAUUGUGUUCCUCUUGUCGACAUAUAUGGCUCUCGUGUAUGGUCUUUUAUACUUAUUCUUUACAACCAUUUCGGAUGUUUUUACCAGCCAAUACGGCUGGUCAGUCGGACUCUCUGGGCUAGCAUACCUCGGUAUCGGAAUUGGCUUCAUGAGUGGCUUGCUGAUAAUCGCCCUCACAAGCGAUAAAGUUGUGAUGAGACUCACUGCACAAAACGGCGGCAAAUUUGAACCCGAGAUGAGACUGCCAAUGAUGACCUUCUUCGCCUGCGUCCUGCCGAUCAGCUUCUUCUGGUACGGAUGGACCGCUGAGAAGCAUGUCUUCUGGAUCGUGCCUAUCAUUGGCAUGUUGCCAUUUGGACUUGGUAUGAUGGGUGUUUAUAUGCCGAUUCAGACCUACGUGAUUGACUGUUAUCCGGCAUAUGCGGCGUCAGCUAAUGCUACUCUCACUGCGACGAGAUCGCUUGUUGGUGCCUUGCUGCCGCUUGCUGGUCCUAAGAUGUUUGAUGCUCUUGGACUUGGAUGGGGAAACUCGCUACUUGGGUUCGUUGCGUUGGCGUUUGUUCCUGUGCCGAUUAUCUUUACCAAAUACGGCAAAAGUAUUCGAGAGAGAUGGCCGGUCAAUCUUGACGGGAGGAAGUCUUGA